AUGCGAUGGUAUGACGUCAUCGCGAAAGCGAUCGCCUCGCUUUUUUGCCUCAUCCUAUGGCGUUUCCUAUUGCAUAUUCUAUCCGCACAUAUUCCCAGCUAUUCCGGCGAGGAAAAGUAUUUCCCAAAGCAGCUUAUCAAUGACGAUAAUGCUUUGAAUAGGUAUCGAUUGAAUAUUUCCGAUCAUAUCUAUCCGCGACUGCGUAGACAAGCUGAUCAUGUAAGUUCUUUCAGUCCACUUGAAAUCCGUAUAAUCGCUUCUGAUCGGCGUCAAAAUUAUCUUUCUCAGGUUAUCACAUUUUUGAUAGACGCCUAUCAGUCUCGAAGGCGUUUCUCGCCUAAUCUCGAAAUUUGCAACGUGGAGCCGGAAAUCUUUGACGAACUACGAAAAUUUCAGCUACACGUACCGAUAAGAACUCUGGGAAAGAAAAGUUCACGACAUUUGUCGUUGGAUGAAACUAUAGCCAAGGAAGCAUCCGACUAUUGGAAAUGCCUUAAUCACACAACAAAAGGAAGAUACGUUAUGCUCCUCGAGGAUGACGCGCUUGUUGUGCCUGAAUUCCCCAGAAUGAUGGACUCGUUAAUGGAUCAGUUGGAUGAACGACAACAUGUCGACUAUGCAAAACUCUAUCAUCCGAACCAAUUGAGAAAAAUUCCCUCAAUUCCAUUGGCGAUCACUAUAUGCAUUUUAUUCUGCUAUACAUAUCAAAUUGUUAUUUUUCGUCGGGUCUUAAUAUUCUGGUCUUUGCUUACGUCUUCACUUAUGUAUAUGUGUCUUCGUUCAUAUCAUUCACAGUUUCUUGCGGAACUGCGAUACUACGUCACGAAUCGAGUGUACAUGAGCAUUCCGGAAUCUUGUUGUACUCCAGCGGUAGUGUUUCGAGCGUCAAGAAUUCCCGCGAUCAUCUCCCAGCUUUCCACCGAUCCGGCACAUGUCGGUCAUGCAAAAGAUCAUAUUCUGGAUGAAUCAGGAUUCGUUGGCAGACAAACCGAUAUGAAUUUAGUUGUUCAUAUCGGUUCGAACAACACCGUUGACAUAAGAAUUAUUGCGGCGGAACGAAAACAAGAUUAUCUGAUCCAGGUGGUCGGUUCUGUACUCAAAGCCUACAGUACAGCGGAUAGUAAUCCUCCACGUCUAGAAAUUUGCAACGUAGCUGGCCAUAUGUUCGAUGAACUGCAAGAAUUUCAUGGAAAUCUACCAAUACGGUCAAUUAACGCUAUUCGCAAAGUACUGAAUAUGUCGAUCAAAGAACCGUCAUCUGAUGGAAUUUUUAUGAAAGAAGCGAUGGACUACUGGAGUUGUUUGAAUCUUACGACGAAAUCGAGAUAUGUUCUGCUUCUUGAGGAUGAUGUGGUGGCGAUUCCUGCUUUCGCUACACUUCUUGCGAGCACAAUCACCAAGCUGAAUACACAAAAUGAGAUCGACUAUGUGAAAUUAUAUCAUCCAAAUUAUCUUCGUGGAAUCCCAUCAAUCCCCCUAGCUGUUUCAUUGCCCAUUUUAGUAUGUUUUGCCUAUCAAAUGAUAGUUUUUCGACGGCUAAUCAUGAUUUGGCUUCUUCCCACAUCUUCAAUCAUGUACCUUGGUUUGAGAUCAUAUGGUAGUCAGUUCCUAGCUGAUUGGCGAUUUUUUCUAACCGGAUCGAUUUAUUUUACACAUACCGAGUCGUGUUGUACCCAAGCUGUACUUUUUCGGACGUCAAAAAUUCCUGAAAUCGUACGCGACCUAAUGGAGGAGACCAUGAAAACAGCUCGUGUCGGCCACGCAAAGGAUCAUAUACUUGACGAGUCAAAUUUUCUAGGACGUCAAACUGACAAGAACUUCGUCCAUCACAUUGGGCACAUCAGUUCGAUUCGUGGAAUAUCGUCAAAUUAA